UUGUGCCCAUUUUCUCCAUUGAAAGCGCGCGUAGUGUUCUUCUGGCCGUUGUCGUGGGUUUGCUAUUUGUUACAAUCAAUAUAAUAUAUCAAUAUAAUAUAUAUUUGCGAUUCUUACACUCAAUAUAUAUUUUUAUAUAUAUUUUUUAUUAGAUUAAUUAAUUUUCCAAUCUUUCUCUUUCUCACCAUUUUUAAAGGCUCUGCUUUCUCUGCCAUCUUACACCACCCUCUUCCUCUUUGCUCUUCUUACCCCUCAAAGGCCCGCACUUUUUGGCUUUUCAACUGUUUUUUUUUUUUUUUUUUGGUGUUUUUUUGGCUUACUGUCUCUCUGAAUGGAUUCUUCUUCUGCAACUAUGGCCGUUAGAGCCUCUUCUUCUUCAUUUUCUUCUUCAUCUUCUCCAUUUUUCUCUAUCUCCUCCACCAACGGUAACCCUGACCACCCUUCGCCACGGCUUUUCAAGCUUAAAACGCGCAAAACCCAGAUUCCCAAACCCCUCAGAUGCAUUCAAUCUCCACCGCAUGAUUCCAACUCCUUCAAACCGGCUCCUAGAAAUUCCGGGUCGCCAUUUUCUUGCUCCGCUGUCACCGUUUCGCCGACUCGGACAUCGGAUCUCGUCCCCUUCAAGCUCCAGCGUCUUGUUUCCGAGUUCCAGGCGUUGUCCGAACCCAUUGAGAGGGUCAAGCGGUUGCUUUACUAUGCGGGUCUCCUUCCCAGAUUCGAGGAUUUGGCCCGGGUCGAUUCGAACCGGGUCAUGGGUUGCACCGCGCGGGUGUGGUUGGAGGCUAGGAUGGAUAAGGAAGGGAAAAUGAGGUUCGCGGCGGAUAGCGAUUCGGAGAUAACGAGAGGUUUUUGUUCCUGCUUGAUUUCGGUUCUCGAUGGGGCUUCGCCGGAAGAGGUUUUGGCUGUGAAGACGGAGGACUUGGCGGCUCUGAACGUUGGGUUGGCGGGUGGACAGCACUCUAGAGUGAAUACUUGGCAUAACGUUUUGAUAAGCAUGCAGAAAAAGACCAGAGCUUUGGUGGCUCAACGAGAAGGGAAAGCUCCGUUCGAGCCUUUUCCAUCGCUUGUCAUCACCUCCGAUGGGAUUCGUGCAAAAGGAAGCUAUGCCGAAGCUCAGGCAAGAUUUUUGUUCCCUGAUGAGUUACGAGUUCAACAACUUGUGGAUGUGCUAAAGGAGAAGAAAAUUGGUGUGGUUGCACAUUUUUACAUGGACCCUGAAGUCCAAGGUGUUUUAACCGCUGCACAAAAGCAGUGGCCUCACAUUUAUAUAUCCGAUUCUCUGGUCAUGGCUGAUACUGCUGUGAAGAUGGCAAAAGCUGGAUGCAAAUUUAUCACAGUUUUGGGUGUUGAUUUUAUGUCUGAAAAUGUUCGUGCAAUUCUUGAUCAGGCUGGCUUUCCAGAGGUGGGUGUGUACAGGAUGUCAAAUGAACGCAUUGGGUGUUCUUUGGCAGAUGCUGCUGCUGCUCCUGCUUACAUGAGUUACCUUGAGGCGGCUUCUAGGUCACCUCCUUCUUUGCAUGUUGUCUACAUAAAUACUGCACUGGAGACAAAAGCUUUUUCUCACGAGGUUGUGCCCACAAUCACCUGUACUUCUUCCAAUGUCGUGCAAACAAUUUUGCAGGCUUUUGCUCAGGUGCCUGAUUUAGAGGUAUGGUAUGGACCUGAUUCUUACAUGGGUGCAAAUAUUGCAGAAUUGUUCCAGCAGAUGACUAAGAUGACCGAUGAAGAAGUUGCUGAGAUACAUCCAGAACAUACUAGUGAUUCAAUCAGAUCAUUGCUACCUCGCCUACACUAUUUUCAGGAAGGAACAUGCAUAGUGCAUCAUCUAUUUGGACAUGAAGUAGUGGAGAGGAUAAAUGAAAUGUACUGUGAUGCAUUCUUAACUGCCCACUUUGAGGUCCCUGGGGAAAUGUUUUCUUUGGCAAUGGAAGCAAAGCGAAGAGGAAUGGGGGUUGUGGGUUCUACCCAAAACAUACUAGAUUUCAUAAAACAGAGAGUUCAAGAGGCUUUAGAUAGAAAUGUUAAUGACCACCUCCAGUUUGUGUUAGGAACAGAAUCAGGAAUGGUGACUUCAAUUGUAGCAGCAGUUCGCAGUUUGUUAGGUUCUGCUAAGUCAUCUAGUGAUGGAGCCAAAAUUAAUGUUGAGAUUGUGUUCCCAGUUUCAUCAGAUUCAAUGACAAGAACAUCAAAUUCAUCCCCGGGCCUGAAUUCUAUUAAAGUGGGAGAUGUGAUUCUCCCCGUUAUACCAGGAGUUGCUGGUGGGGAGGGAUGUUCUAUUCAUGGUGGCUGUGCAUCCUGUCCAUACAUGAAGAUGAAUUCUCUCAGUUCCCUCCUAAAAGUUUGUCAGCAACUCCCAGACGAGAAAAAUGAGCUUGCCAAAUAUAAAGCCGAGCGAUACAAAACGCAAACUCCAAACGGAAAAUCAAUUGCAGACGUGGGAUGUGAACCAAUUUUGCAUAUGAGACAGUUCCAGGCCUCUAAAAAACUGCCAGAGAAGCUAGUUUCUCAAAUCCUUCAUUCCAAUGGUAAUGGGAGGUCACUGUCAUCAAGUUGAUGGAAAAAGCUUAGAGCUCAGAAAUAAACUGAUACAACAAAUAACAGACCCCACAUUUCAUUGUUGAAUCUGAAGAAAGGCUGUUCUCUAAAGCAGAAAUUUUUAACUGCUAGGUUUCUCAUUUUAUUAUCUAGUCUUGGUCAUACGGUAUAGUCAAGUGCUUAGAUCAAUAGGAAUUAAAUGAAAUUAAAUUUGCAAUUUAAAGAAAGAACUUUUAUUUAAAGUGUAUAGAUAUCAGUAUUAGUAACUCAUUAAAUUUGAAUCAUUUCAGUUCCCCUAAAUGGGGCAAUUCCACGCA